AUGGCCAACCAUUGUAUGCUUUUGGUGAGAUUGGAUAUAAGCAACACCACCACCAAAUGCUCAGGGAUGAGGGACUGGUAUGUUAUGAAAGUGAUUAGCCUUCACAAUCAUAUGGACGAUAUGGUGCCCAAUAGAGAUAAUCUUCAAAUGGCUGUCCGUGGGAUGCAAAAGGAGUCCAAAACACUACUGUUCCUCAACCACCAGAAUAUUGUGAAAGUGAUCCGUGAGUUCAGUCUCCCGGACCCUUCAACUGGAGUUCCCUUUCUGUUCCACUGUUUCCUUAUGGAUCAGAUGGACGAGGAUUUGAUCGCACUUCUGGAUAAACAACCGGAUAAUUGUUUACCGGAGCCGAUGGCCAGGGAAUGGUUCCGACAAAUAGCCGAUGCAGUCGAUCACCUACACAAUGGGCUCCGGGAGCCGCACGGCGUAUGGAUCAGUCAUAUGGCUAUACGCCCGGCCAAUAUAUUGUGUAAACGUAUCGAUAACUCCGACAAAAGGAUAUAUAAGUUAACAGACUUUGAAGAAUCCGUUUGUUUUAAUGUCAGUGAUAGAGAUAUCUAUUCAGUGGACAGGCAUUAUGGGCCAUAUCGACACAUUGGAGAUAUACCUACAAAAUCGAUAGACGUAUGGGAUUUAGGCGUGUGUUUGGCUAUAACUCUUGUGGGAUGGGAUCUUCACGUAAACCUUUUGCGAUAUUUGGCUAAUACUGUAACUGAGCCAGACAUACAUCCCAUUAGUAGGAAUGAGCUAACCCAUGAGGAACUGGAUGUGUUUUGUGGUGUGAAUUUGGAUUUGUGUGCUUUGAUGGCAUGGAUUAUACAAACACCCGAUAAUAGGCCAACCAUUGCACAGCCGGGUCUUAGGGAACACCACCUCCAGGUGCUCAAUGACAUAGGACUGAGACUGGGCACGAAUAUAGCCAGGGUAGAGCUCAAUUUAUAUGAUAACCAAAUCUGGAAAAUAUACGACAUGUUUGACAACAAAUGGUUGGCCAUGAAAGUGGUGACCCUUCCCUAUAAUAUGAGACGCCGGGUGCCAAACAAUGCUAACCUCCGUAGAGCCGUCACC